AUGGCGCACACGCCAAACGACAACACUCCCUUCUACGAGUAUCUCGUGGAUGACCCGGAAGUAAGUAUCUCACCCGGCGUUGCAUUCCACUUUUCUCCGUUCGGUGCCUUCCUCCCCGGAGUGCGGCCUUCAGGGGCUCCCAUUUCUUGCGGUCAGGCCUUGAAUCAAACGACCAGCUCAUUCCGCGCCAUGCCUCUUGGCCCCUUCUUCAUCUGCCGACCUGAGCGGUAUACGAAUGUGACAAGACAAGCGCUAGACCAAGCGAUCAAAGGCGCGAGUGAGGACAUGAUGCCACGCGGCAAACUGAUGAGACAGACGGCGAUGAGGCGCAGAAGAGUAGAGCAGGCCGUGUCCUCGAGGAUCACAGGUCCUUUCGCCAAAGAAAAAAAAAAGGUUGAAGACAGAAGGAAAAAGUCUGACGAUUAUUUCUAUCAGCAGAUGAUAGCUUCGACGCCGUUGUCCCCGCACUUCUCUCCCGAAGUUUUCGGAGGGGCUUUCGACGUCGGCGACCGCCAACACCACGCCACUCGGCCCGGUAAUCAGACCACCCAGCUGAGUCCAGGCCACAAUCGGCCCAACGCCAUCAAUGAAUCGACCACAGCGACACCACUAAAUCAGGUCCAGGCCAUUGCAGGUAUUCCUGGAUUACCCAUACCCGUAUCCGUAUCGACGGCGCAAUUCCCGCAAAUUCACAAUCUCGGAGGACUCCAGCACCUGAAUCAGCAGCACCAGCAAAACCACCCUCAGCUCCAUCCUUCAGCCCUGGGUCUGGGUCUCGAGUUGGGUACUCUGGGGUUGACACAUGCAGAGGGCAACCAGGGUCUUCAGCACCAAUUCGGUCCAGCGGCAGCGCCUGCGCCUAAUAUUGCUGCUGAUCAACAGGGGACGUCGUCGCAUCUCCAUUUGCAGGGCCAUCAACGUGCACCCGCCCACGCCGCCGCAUGGCUUCCGCCCGGAUAUGGAGUCCCGGUGUACCACGACAACCCGCAACAGCAUGUCGAUGCAACGUCCUCCUCCGCAACAGCAGCAGGUGUCAACCCACCUGUCACUCUCUCCGCAGCGGCCGGCCUGAGUACUGAUGGCAGAAACCAGAAUGUUGGUGUUGGCGGUGGUCACUUAUACGAUUUCGGAUUCGCAGCACCACCACUACCGUCAACGAGUGAGCAGUCGUUCCUGGGCGGCGGAGUCUAUGCCGACAUCACGCCACUUUCCACCACCGUAGCUGUAACAGCUCACCCGCAACCACCCACGACCACUUUUGAUUUCCAUGCUUCGCCAUGGCGGCCGCGGCUUCAAGACAGCAGCUCCGUCACACUGACACCAAACAUUGCAGCCGUCGCUGCGGCCGAAUUGAACCACGACGUCCGCAAGCACAGCAAAAGCAGCAUGGAGACCGAUAGCGACGUCAAGGACCCUUCGUGGGAUGACGAUGAUAACGAGGCUCAAGAUAGAAGGGGUGGAGCUGGAGCAAUGAAGACGUCGUCGUCGUCAUCGCCCGGGACUCGGAAGCCGCAGCGAAAGGGCAAGCGCCGUGCCGUAGCCGAUCCCGAAGCCGGUGGCAACUACGACAAUGACGAACCCACCAGCCCCGCGGGCCGGACCAGCGUCAGCGGCCGAUCGGUCAAGUCGGUAUCGGUCGCCUCAUCUGCCGGAUCGAGCACCAAGACGGCACCGGCACCCCGACUGCGCAGUGCCUCCCGCACAUCCAAAAACGCACUGCAAAAGCCGACCGAGUCCCUCGAAGAACGACGAACACGCGCAUCUCAUAAUCUGGUCGAAAAGCAGUAUCGUAACCGACUCAAUGCUCAAUUCGAGGGUCUCCUCAAUGCCCUACCGGAGCAGGUCCGCGGCCCGGCCGGCGCCGGAGACGGCGACGAAUCGGACCCGCAAGCGGCGGCGGCGGCGGCAGCGAAUGAGGAAAGGCGGGUCAGCAAGGCCGAGGUGCUGGACAUGGCCCGCCGCCACAUCCAGAACCUGGAGCGGGAGCGGGAGACGCUCCACCGCGAAAGGGGAGAACUGCUGCGCAAUCUAGAGACGCUCGAGCGGGAGGCGGCCGUGAAUGGCGGCGGGGGCGGCCGCUUGGACGAGUUCCUCGACGUCGAAGGGGUUCCGGACGAGAGAGGCGAGUCGUCUUCGUCGUGGAGGAAUGCUUGA